AUGCAACCAGGGCAACAUCAAGAACCUAACCCGACGCCGGUCGACGGCGUAAAUGCCCCGACAGUUGCUACCAUUCGCAAUGACGGCUUUGAUUCCGCUCCGCUGUCAACCAGGUCCUCGUUCUCGUUUAAUAACAGAACGGCCUCAACUCCUGCCACGGGCGCGCAGACCCCGGAUCCUCUGCUAGGACCUAAGCCUGUCAAUAACGAGGACCUGCUGAAAAAGUUACCGACAACGAUUACUCAGGCGGCUGAGAGUGGAGAUGAAUUUGAAUUGGAAGAGAGAAGAGGUCGAGCAGCGGUGGUUGAUGGGUUGCACAACCGGCGACCAUCCGCCAUCCGUGGCCGUGAUAUGGCAGAUGAGUCGGCAUCGCCACCCCCAAAGCCAUCGCAAGGACGCCCUCCAGAAAUACCAAGCUUUACAGCAGAGAUCGUACUCGUCCUCGUCUGCUCGGCAGGUCUGAUGCUCUUUUCAUUCUUGCUUGGCAACAUGUUGGUGGUGCAGUUGCAGCUGAAGAAGGCUCUGGGAAUCGGAAAUACCUCGCUCCCAUGGCUCGUAGGGGCCUACGCUUGCUCUAAUGGGGUGUCAGUUGUUGUAUCAGGCUCUCUGUUGGAUUUGACUCCACCUCGGCGUGCGAUCGUGGGAGCAUUUGCAUGGCUUACUAUUUGGAACGUGGUCGGUGCCUUUUCCCUUGAUCCGUCUCGAGAAGUUUUGUUUUUCAUCGUGAGAGCAAUGCAAGGACUCGCUAUUGGUGUUUUGGUUUCCGGCUCAAUGAGUGUUCUUGGACGCCUCUAUAGCCCUGGUAUACGCAAGAACCGUGUUUUUGCUGCUAUCAGCGCUACGGCACCGUUAGGAUUCAGUUUGGGGGCCAUUGAAGGUGGUCUUCUCCACGGAAACCUUCCCUGGAUUUUCGGUGUGAAUGCCAUUCUCACUGGUUUGUGUGCUGUCGCUGCAUUCUUUUCAAUUCCUCCUCUUCGUCCCGUUGCCGAUGUGGAAGGCGCAGAAGCACCCACUCUGCGUCAGUUCGAUUAUAUAGGAGCCCUGUUUGCCAUUGCAGGCUGCGUCUGUCUCCUAUUCGGUUUAACCCAAGGGUCAGUCACUAAAUGGUCGGUCUAUACGUGCGUGUUAGUCGCACUCGGCAUCGUUUUUCUUAUUUGCCUGUUCGUCGCGGAACGAUAUGUGGCGCGGCCAUUGAUUCCCAGUCGUCUGUGGCGGACGAAAGGCUUUACUCCUCUUAUGGUGGCCUACUUUUUAGGAUUCGGUUCAUUUUUCGGGGCAUGGCAGUUCUAUGCAAUUCAGUUUUGGUUGAGAAUUCAACAUGCGACGCCUAUUGCAGUGGCACUAUACCACAUCCCUAAUGCGAUUGUCGGCAUCAUCGCCACUUUCAUCCUUGUGACGUUCGGACCGGAUAUGGCUUUCGCCGCUGCCUCCAUAUUCAUCACGAGCAAUGUUCCUCGGUCCUAUCAAGGCAGUGCAGCCAGUCUAUUAGUCACAAACCAGAACCUCUCCUCGGCGAUUAUCACAAGUAUUGCUGAUGCGAUUGGAACUAAAGUCGAUCCGAGUCCAGAUGGGGAUGUAGGCCUGAUUGGACUUCGGGCCAUUUGGUGGUUUGCGUUGGCAUGCCAGUUACUAGCUGCACUGGUAACUGUGGUCUGGGUGAGAAUUCCAAAGGAGGAGGAAAAGGAGCAUGUCACUUGA